AUGGGGUUGCCAUCAUGCACGAAUAUCUACGUUGAAGGCGAUUUCCAGGACGUCAUCUUCUGCGAGUUUGGCAACGCAGAGGACCGGGACACAGCUGUCGCGCAGGUCCGCAGCGCCAGCCUGAAGACGAACGGGUACACAAACCCGUGCGCGGUUGAGGUGGGCGGAGAGCGCGCCCUUGCAGUGACCAUCGACGGAAAUACGAUUAGGAGGGAGUUGGGCGAAGACUGGGGUACGUGGGCAGAGAUGCACGACCACCCAGAGUUCAAGAAGUUGUUGGAUUCAUGUGAUGGAAUAGUGCAGCGCGCCACUAAAUGGAUGAAGCGAGGCAGGCUGCCGAGGCAGACCCCGAGCCACGAGCCUCAAGCACGCCCCGGUGACGCGCCGCGGGCGCGGGCCGGCGGAUACUACCUGACCGACCCCUCCGAGGAGUGGGCGCCCUCGGAGGGCGGGGCCCUGGAGCUCUACGCGCCCCAGCCGGGCGCGCCCCCGGGGACGCCCGCCACGGCCCCGGCCAAGGAGAUCCUCCCGCUCGCCGACGCGCUCGUGCUCUUCGUGGUGGAGCCGGGCGUGUCGUUCCACUCAGUCCGGGAGGUGCGCGGCAAGCGCGCGCGCGUGUCCAUCCAGGGCUGGCUGCACGCGCCGGCGCUGGACCUCACCCGCGGCUUCGCGAACCGCGGCCUGGCCACCCUGGCGCAGCUGGUGCAGGGCAGGACCGCCAGGGCGGCGGAGCCGCAGCCGCCGCGGGCGGAGCCUGCAAUGGCCGCGCCCGCGCCCGCGGGCCCGCCGGUUGCGCCGGAGGCGGAGGAGUGGGGCCUCACGGCGGAGGACACGGCCGCGCUCUCUGAGUGGGUCGCCCCGGAGUACCUGAGCGCCGCGCACUUGGAAGCCAUCGCCGAGCGCUUCGCGGAGGCGUCCUACGCCGUGCUGUCGGGCUUCCUGCGGCCAGACGUGUUCGAGCGCCUCUCCGCCCUGCACGCCGCGGUGGACGCGGCGGACGGCUUCGGCGCCGGGCGGCCCGAGCCGGCGGCGCCCCCGUACGGCGCGGGGGCCGCGGGCGGCUGGCGCGCCGUGGGCCCGCCGCACCUGCGCCGCCACCUGCGCUACGACGGGGGCGCCGCCACGCCCGAGCAGGGCGGCGGCGGCGGCGACGGGCCGCACCGGCAGCUGGGCGCCGCGAUGCAGCGCGUGGCGAGCGGGCUGCUGGGCUCCACGGCCUUCCGGCGCUGGCUGCACGCCUGCACGCGCCUGGAGCCCAGGCCGUGCGGCGCAGCCGAGGUGCGCCGCUUCCGCCCUGGCCUCGACUACACCGUCGCCGUGUGCCCGCCGGCGGAGGCAGGCGGCGCUGAGCUGGACGCGACCCUGGUCUUCGUGGAGGGCGGGGCAUCUCAGGGGCAGCGUCGGUCAGAGGAGGGCGAGGAGGACCUCGGAGGCUUCGAGUCCUACCUGGCGGCCGACGACGAGGAGGAGACCGCGCAGGCGCAAGAGGUGUACCGCGGCUCCGACGAGGGGCCGCUGGUGAACCUGCCCGCUGCGGCCAACUCGCUGUGCCUGGUGAUGCGCGACCCUGGCACGCUCCGCUUCGUGAAGUUCCUGAGCCGCGACGCGCCGUCCUCGCGCGCGGACGUCGCGGGGUGCUUCUCCGUGGACAUGCCCGAGGAGUCCGACCCGGAGCCGGCCGCCGCCGUGGAGAGGCCCGCUGGCCCGCCGUAGGGCGGCCGCUGCCGCGGGCGCUGGGGGCUCGGCGGCGGCCCCCGGGAGUCGGGGCUCAGAGGCGACGACAGGGGCGAAUCGCUCAGGGGAGAGCAAGACGUGUAUCCAGGGGCG